AUGUCGCCCGCCAGCAAGGACCAGCUCCAGUCGCAGGCGUCCACUCGCCUCAAGCACCAUGCAUCCCAGCUCAACAGCCGUCACAGGAACCCCAACGCACUCAAGUUCCAGGCCAAGCCUCCCCCCGGUCUCCCUGUCCACAUCACACCGCUCAACCCAGUCCAGUUCCUUCUGCGCUCUGCCCUCAUUCGUCCUCGUAGGGUAGCCCUCAAGCACCCGGGAAUUGGUGUCGAAUGGACCUACGCCGAGUGGGCCAUGCGCGUUUGUGCGCUCGCGUACGGUCUCAAGGCCAAGGGUAUCAAGCGCGGCGACCGUGUGGGUAUCAUCUGCCCCAACGUGCCCAUGAUCCUCGACCUCAUCCAGGCCCUGCCUGCCAUCCACGCGGUCAUUGUCCCUCUCAACAUCCGUCUCACCAAGCCCGAGGUCAACUACAUUCUCGAUCACUCUGGCUGCAAGCUGCUCGUGGUCGACCACGAGUUCAAGCACCUUGCCGCCGACUUCAAGGGCGAGGUCAUCGUCUCAAACGACACGGGUGGCCGUGACCCUACCGACCCCUACGAGAUUCUGAUCGAGUCCGGCCAGCACGACGCCGACACUCUCGGAUGGCAGGAGCUCGAGCUCAUCGACAAUGAAGACGCUAACCUUUCGAUUUGCUACACAUCAGGCACGACAGGAUCUCCAAAGGGAGUUGUCGGGACGUUUAGGGGGACGUACUUGGCAGCUAUGGCCAACGCGAUGGAAUCCAAGCUCGAUUUUGAGUCCAACUACCUCUGGAUUUUGCCGGCUUUCCACGCCCUGGGGUGGACUUUCCCCUUUGCCGUCACAGCCGCCACAGCCGGACAAGUUUGCCUCCGCAGCGUUGGUGAUUAUAGCGAAGUGUGGCAAAGUAUCCUGAGGGACAAGAUCAGCACUAUCUGUAUGGCUCCAACUGUGGCCAUCGGAAUCAUCAACAGCUCUUGGGCUCGUCCAGUUCCCCACGCUAUCCGUGUGCUUCUUGCGGGUGCAGCUCCGUCUGCCUUCCUCAUCAAGACGCUGGAGACGAAGCUCAACAUCCGCGUAGUCCACGUCUAUGGCCUUACCGAAACGUACGGUCCCUUCACUACCUGUAUCCAGCACCCCGAGUGGGACACCGAACUGGACGAGGAGGAGUUCUUCAGGCGCAAGGCAAUGCAGGGUCACGCGUUCGUUACCGCGGAGGAAGCCCGUAUCGUCGACCAUGAGGGUUCCAACAAGGAUGGCCUCGUCGACGUGACCCCCAACGGCAACCAGGUCGGCGAGAUUGUCAUGCGUGGCAACAUUGUCAUGAAAGAGUACUGGAACAACCCCGAGGAGACUGCCAAGGCCUUUGAGGGCGGAUUCUUCCACUCUGGUGACCUCGCCGUUCGCAUGCCCUACGGCAUGAUCUCUGUCCAGGAUCGCUCCAAAGACAUUAUCAUCUCGGGCGGCGAGAACGCCUCGUCGCUCUCCAUCGAGAGUGUCAUCUACCAGCACCCCGAUGUCCUUGAGUGCGCCGUUGUCGCUCGUCCGCACGAGAAGUACGGCGAGCGUGCCCACUCGUUUGUCAUCCUCCGCCCGACCGCCACUUCCAAGUGGCAGAACAACGCGGACGGCUUUGCUGUCGACCUCAAGAGCUUUGUCAGGCCCUUGCUCCCCGGUUUUGCGCGUCCAGAGUGGGUCGAGAUUGUUGCGGACCUGCCCAAGACGUCGACCGGCAAGAUCCAGAAACACGAGCUGCGUAAGCGCUUCCCCAAGAUCAUCCCUGGUUAG